UGCACACCAAAGUCUGCUUUUGUUCAUUGUGGCUGAAGAGCUUCUCCCCUCGCGCUCGCACAGAGUCACCACGAUGCCUUGGCUUUCGGUUCUUUGCCUUUCUUGGUUGCUCGGUUUGGUCCAGCAAUGUGCCGGUCAGGGUCCCUCACUAAAAAAUUUGCCAGAAUUUCAGGAGUGCAAGAAAUUGAUUCCAGUCCCCGCUCUGGAGGUCCUGCCAGGUGGAGGCUGGGACAAUCUGCGCAACGUAGACAUGGGCCGGGUGAUGAACUUCAGUUUCUCCAAGUGUCAGACCACUGAAGAUGGCUACUACUUGAUUCCAGAUGAAGUCUUUGUGAUUCCCCAGAAGCAAACCCAAGUGGAGACCAACUCGGAGAUCAUAGAGAACUGGAUGGAGCACAAGAGCACCGUCGCCCACUCCAUCAAUGUGGACACGUCCUUCUUUUCUGUGGUCAACGGGAAGUUUUCAGCCGAAAAUCAGAGAGUCAAAACUCAUCAAGUCCGGGACAAGACAUCGACGACCAGGGUGCAGGUGAGGAACCACAUCUACAGCGUCAAAACUAAUCCCAAUUUCUCCUUCGACCCUCGUUUCAAGAGGCAACUUGUAGACAUUGCCAACGCCUUAGAGAACAACCAUACCAGAGCGGCCACAUAUCUGUCAGAAUUACUUGUGCUCAAUUACGGCACCCAUGUCAUCACCAGUGUCAAAGCUGGGGCCCUCUUAGUGCAGGAGGAUUAUCUGCAUUCGUUGUACUUCUCUGAUUUCACCAACCAAAAGUCGACAAUCACAGCAUCAGCUGGCAUUAACUUUUUUAACAAGGUCAACAUUGGAGUUAAGGGCUCCAGUACCACUGAAGAUUCGGACACCAAGCAAUACACGGGUAACACCACCUACUCUCUAAUAGAAGGCCAUGGGAGCCUCCCCUUCUACCCUGGCAUCACACUGAAAAUCUGGCAGGAAGGUAUUACCAAUAAUCUGGUGGCCAUUGACCGCAGUGGCCUGCCUCUUCAUUUCUUCCUGAACAAGGAGACCCUGGAGGAUCUGCCAGAGCCUACCAUCCGCAGGCUAUCCAAGUCAAUUGAGAAGGCCAUCAUGCUCUAUUACACCGUCAACAAACACCCUGGAUGUCUGAAACCUGAUUCCAAGAAUUUCAACUUCCAGGCGAACGUGGACGAUGGGUCCUGUGAAGGAGUGGCGACCAACUUCAGCUUCGGUGGUGUCUAUCAAGAAUGCUCCAUCCUCGUUGGAAAUGGUGAGGAGCUCUGUCGUUCGCUGGAGCAGAAGAACCCGCUCACUGGAGGCUUUUCGUGUGCAGCGUCAUAUACCGCUGUCAAGUUGCGCAGUGAAGUCAAGGAAGAAAUUUAUAGCAUCUACGAGUGUCAUAAAAGGUGUCAUGGCUGCUGGUUGUUAUUUAGUUGUUGUGAUAAUGUCUGUGGUGAUGCCUACUACAUCAGGAGGGUCCAAUUUACCACCUACUGGUGUGCUGCCAUCAAUGAAGUUGUUCCGGAAUUUAAUGGCUAUCUAUUUGGUGGUCUGUACAGUAAAUCCAUGCAGAACCCCAUAACUAAUUCUCAGUCAUGUCCCUCUCACUUUAUCCCGUUGAAGAUCUUACAAGAUCUCAGUAUCUGCGUUAGUAAUGAUUAUGAGAUGGCAUCCCAGUAUGCAGUGGGAUUCGGGGGUUUUCUUAGCUGUGAGGCUACUAACCCACUGGCAGGCAAGUCUCGCACCGCAUGUGCCACGGGCUUCAGUCAACACGUAGCCGCUAUUAGUGAUGGAUGCCAGGUUCUUUUUUGUGUGACGUCAGGAGUAUUUAACGGGGGGGAAUUACUUCCCAUCAAAUUACCUCCUUUUACGCGCCCACCUCUGUCCAGCCACAGCUUCACCAACACCGUCAUGGUGAUGACAGAGGGCGAGAUGUACUGGAUUAAAGACUCCACCACGAAAUUGUGGAAGACCGUCAAGAGUGCCGAUAUCCAGAAGAUGGCCACGCUGAUCGACCCCAAUCGCAAUGCUUUGAGUGGCGGGGCGGCAUUUGGCGUGGCGUUAGCCGUCACCGUUGUGCUUGCCACCGUAAUAACAGUGGCGGUAUUUGGAGUGAAGCGCUGUCGCCGGCGAGGGUACAGAGAGUUGGCAAAUAGCAGCAGAGAGAAUCUAAAUGAGGAAACGAGAGGAAAUGAAGCAGAAGUGGAGAUUGACGUUUCGGGAUCAGAAACAGAAGCUGCAGAUUCUUCCAGCCAGAUGUCACGUGCCUAAUAAACACGUCUGGGUUUAAAAUGCCAUACAUUUACUAUUCACGUUUUUGUGUUCACUUUUUUCACUUUAUUGCAUCUUUUAAACUAUUGAUAAAUAAUGUUUAUAUAUAUAUAUAUAUAUAUAUAAAAUCACCUACUUUGAAUUUCUAGUGCAAUUAAAUUUCGAAUUUGAAAAUGGAUUAAAGAAUAGAUUUAAUUUUUUAUUUCAGAUAUCAGAUUUUUGUGUGUUUUUUUAAAUAUGCAUUUUUUUAUUACUAACAAUGAAAAACUUUGUAUUCACUGUAUGGAUAUUCACUUUAUGCAUCUGGAAAUUCUUUUAUAAACCUUAUUGUGUGCUUUAAGCCGGCUGCCAGGCAACUGACUUGUUUACUUGUUUAAUCAUAUUCUUUCUUUUUCUGUUGACUCUUUCAUGACUAAGGCCGAGGAGGGCGGGCACACCACAAAUAAGAAAAAGCCUCCCUUGCAUAAAUUUAGGAAAUCCCUUCCCAGACUUGUUUGCAUGUCGUGCCACCUCAUUUAUGAAGUAAAAACCAUUUAAGACAUGAGACUUGUGACUAAGCCAUGACGGAUUUCCAUCCAAUGAAAGGAAUGCCUGAGUCUGAUUUAAUCAGACAUAUUUUAUUGGAAUCUCUUUAUUAAGAAGUUUUAGAGAGAGAGGACAACCAGUAGGUAACAAACUUUGACCUAUUUGAAUGCCUUCACAAAUAUUUUUGUGUUCACUCCGAUUUCUCUGCCGGGACAGGAAUGAAAAACCAAAAAGGAAUCUCCUUCAUAUCUUCUUGGUUUCUCCUCGACAACAAUGAGAUCAGAAAGAAAUAAAAUGGAUGCCUUUGUCUUUGGUGUCCUGCUUCUCAGGUUUUUUUAAUGAAUGCUUUACCACGGUAUUCCCACAAGGGUCUCCUUCACGCUUUGCGGAGAUCUCAACAAAGUUGCACAAUGGGUUCAGAUCUUCUCAGUAUUUGUGUGUUUGGUAAUAUAUGAUGUAAGGUAUGGAUGGCAGUAAUAAAACACUUCAUUAGAAUCACAAAGCUGUACUACUUGUUAAGACGCCAGGCUUCAAACCCUGAGGUUAUGUGUUUAAAUCCCACUACUGACACCAUGUAACUAUGAGCAAGUCACUUCACCUGCCUGUGCUUCAAUUGGAUAAUGAAAAGAAAUGCAACCAAUCGUAUCUCAGAUGUUGCAAGACAACUUGGCUAAAGACAUCAGUCCAAUAAUAAAUGAACAAUAUGAAGUCUUGAAAGAGAUUACAGAUCUCACAAGAUAUUUUAGGCUUUUCAAAUCAAAUUCACAAUUUGGACUCCUUUAACCUUUAGCCAUAGCUCAUGUCUCCUUUAUGUCUAAAGCUGUUUCUUCUAAGCAAUUUUAGGAGCAACAUCUGUGACAAAGCUGAUUCUUAAAUGAAACAUAAAUGAGGAUCUUUUUAAAGUUUUCUGAGCCAUCAAAGAAGUAAACUUUAUCGGUGGUUGAGUAAACCACUUACUCCAGGAAUUCUGGACUCUGAUUUGGCCAUCCCACCUUUAUGGAGGAUCUAUAUCAAAGACACUCAAAGACUAAGCACUUCUUUAAUCUUUAUCUUCCCAAAUUCCAAUAUCAGGAUUGUCUGAAUGUAAUAAAUGUGCUAACUGUUAUGGAAGUACUGUGGUGCUUUUGAUAUAUUUCACCUAAUAAAGUUUUUAAAAUAUUA